AUGCCCCCCCCGAAGGGCCCGAAGGGCGUGCCCGCGUACAGGAAUCCGCACCAGGAGAAGCUCGGGGUUUUCUCGUACCCCGGAAGCAUCGAAGUCGGCGCGGAGUACGUGGACGUCUCCGGAGAGCGCCCGGACCGAUGGAACGGCACGCAGAUGACCGGCGGGAUGAACUACCCCACGAACCCGGAGGGCCUCAUCGAGAAGACGCUCCUGCGCCUGAGCGAGGGCGAGCCGUACGUGGAUCCGGGAAAGCACGAGCGCGAGCACGCGCUCGCGCAGGAGAAAAAGCGCACGGGCAAAGGCUGGUUCCCGCCCGCGCUCGAGAUGCCGAUCGAGCACCACGAGUACCUCCCGGACGGCGAGCGGCCCGAGCCGAAGCCGCCCAAGGCGGUCAAGGGCACGCCGCAGUACCUGCGCGACCGCGGCGUGAAGACCGCGCCGAGCAAGCGAGGGUGCGUCGGCACGCCGAAGAUCACCAUCGCGCCGGCGUUUGAGUCCAUGCCGGACGAAUACCAGCCCGCGAGGGAGCUCGAUCGAGACGCGAAGGAGAAGGCGAGGGAGAAGAUCGAGAAGCCGUUCAAGGGGCGGACCGCGCAGAUCGGGAACAACUGCUCGGGGUUGUUCGACGAGAACAUUUACGCGUACGAGCCGGGCGAUCACGCCGAGCCGGAGAAGAAGAGGGUCGUCGUCGACGACGUCGACCGCCCCAAGCCGUUCAAGCCCGCGAGUAAAGGCGGGCGCGGCGGGCCGGAGAUCCAGGAGUACGUUCCGGACCCGUGGGACCUGAAGGAUAAGGCGCGGCGGGAGAAGAUCCGAGCGGACAGGCUCAAGUGCGGCGUCGGGUUUAAGCCCGCGGGCGGCGGCGUCAAGUCGCUGCCGGUGACGGUGGGGAGCGUUUACGACGUCACCGGGCCGGCGCCGGUGUCGCUGCGCGCGGGGAUGAUUUGGAGAUAGACGAUGAUGAAACGUCACCGUCGUCGUCUCUUGUACAUGCAUGUAAAAACACAGCACCCUCACGACG